AUGUCUAGAAAUAAUUAUUGCUCAUGUUUCGAAGAAAAACCCAAGACACCGGAAAAGGAAGGUGCGUUCCCCAAGUUGAAAUGUUCCUACGAACAUGGAGGCUGGAAGGCAACUACGACGGAAGAAUUCAGCAGCCCCAGCCAGAGUUACAUAGAAUGUCAAGGCCGCCAGAACCACCAAAGAGCAGCAGAAUCAGAGAUCGGAAUGGAAGAAGCUCCUGAAAGAAGAGAUAACGACAUUUUAAUGGCGUAUGUUGACCUUACAGAUUUUCCAUGCAUCAUCUACCGUCAUGAUGAUGAAAUUGAUGAUGAUGACGACGAUGACAACGAUGAUGAUGAUUGUGACGACGACGACGAUGGUGAUAAUAAUGAUGAUAACAAAGAACUGAAAAAAUAUAAUUUUAGGAAAGAAUGA